GCUAAGCACACACACUGGCCUGCAACUAUAAGGCAGGUGGACUUCACGUCCAUCCCCACACCACUCUGCAGUGUCCUGUUCUCACCACCGACACUGUGCUUGAGUCAUCCCUUCCCACGCCACGUCGCCCUGUUCUCACCACCGACCCUGUGCUUGAGCCACCAGCAGACCAACAUGGUUAUGGGGUCAUUAAUGACAGAGUGUAUAUCCUUUAUCUUCCUGCUCCUACUCACACAUAAGGGGGUUUAUGUCGGGACAUGGACUGUCACCUACAGCCCUACAUACAUCUGUGCUCUGGAGGGAUCAUCAGUCACCAUGUCCUGCUCUUACACCUACCCCAGUAAUUAUAAAGUUAAAGAAGCUUUCUGGAUUAACCAAGACUCUCAUAUACCUGUUGAUUUCUCAAAGAAUGAGAGCUUCGCACGCAGGGUCACAGCGGACUGUGGAGACAAAAAAAGUCAGUGUUCUCUGCACAUGACUAAUCUAACCAAAGAAGAUGCACAUUAUCAGUACUACUGUAGGAUUGAAACCACUGUAGGUAAACAAAAGUGGAUAGGCAAACCAGGGAUCUCAGUGAAUGUCACAGACCUCAGAGUUGUUUCCACUGAAAGGACAAACAAUGUAACCAAGGGGGACAUCAUCACUCUCACCUGCGGCACCACCUGUCCUCUAACCAGCAGCCCGUCAUUCAUCUGGAGCAAAGAUGGACGUCCUGUAGAGAAGAAGCAGAUCAUCAACAACCAGCUGCAGCUCCACCCAGUCAGUUAUGAAGAUGAGGGCAGCUACAUCUGUGCUGUUGGAGGAUAUGAGGAUCUCCCAUCUCCACCUUACGGGCUCAAUGUAAAGUGUGGCCAAAGUGCUGUGAUGAAUGUGCUGAUCGCUGUGGCAGUCUGUGUAGCUGUUGUGGUCCUCUGUGCCGUUUUCUGGGUCUGGUUUCGCAAAAAGCACAAAGAGAGCAAAGGAGAGCUAGAGCAAUUGAGGGCAACACACAGUGCCGCGCUCAGGGCUGAUGCUGCUGGAGGAGGAGGACCAGAGGGGGAUGUCCAGUACUACAACAUUAACUUCCAGAGCAGAGCUGCUGCUCCCCCCAGUGGUGCUGCUGCUGCAGGAGCACCAGAGGAUGAUGUCCAGUACUCCAACAUCCAGCCCCACGGCUCCACACAGACUGCAGGAGCUCAGGGGGAUGAUGUACCGUAUGCCAGUGUCCAGUUCAAUGGCAAUAAGGCAACAACGAGUCAUUUGGGGCAACCAAAAGAUGACACAUCAGUGAUCUAUAGCCGUGUUUCCUGAGGAGCUGCCUCCGUAACCUCACAAUCUGAACAUCAUCAUCCUCAUUUGCAUCCUCUUCCACCUCAUCAUCAUCAUCAUCAUGCUCAUUAUCAUUAACCUCCGUAACCUCACAAUCUGAACAUCCUCAUCCUCUUCCACCUCAUCAUCACCAUCAUCAUGCUCAUUAUCAUUAACCAGAGGACCUUCUCUGCAUUCAUGAUCCCACAGUCUCACAGGACAAUCACAUUGAUCAGAAAUUCUGAACAUUACUUUCUACUACGCCUAAACUUUACAAACUGACAAUAAACAGCAUCAACAGUCAAGAAACUAUAUAUGUGGGUCUACCUUUGCUGUAAAUACAUUUCUACUAAAAAGUGUCAGUUAAAAAGUCAAAUGUUUUAAACACCAAGAAAGUAUUGUUGUCUUCAAAAAAAAUCAGCCUAGGCUUCAUAUUAAUAGACAUUUAGAUGUGUAGAUUGCAUUAAAGUGACACAUUUAUGUCACAAGUAUGUCAAUAUGACCCUCUGGGAAAAAAAUAAUUGCCCCUGGUUAGAGGCUGACAAGUUGUAAUGUCAAAUAUCUUCCUGCAGAGGGCUCUUUAGUCUAUCAGUCACUAUGUGCUGACAUCAUGCUGGUGGUUUUGGGUUUGUGGUUCUCUGUGAUGGCGUCAUCAAAAUGCAGAGCUGCCAACACUCACACAUUGGCCGUGAGAUUCAUUAAAUUGAUUGGCUCCACGGCUCUCACGCUAAUCCAACGUGUGAGGGUUGGCAGCUCUGAAAAUGUGUCAUGUGGUAUCGCUGGCUUGUUUAUUUACUUGCUUACAAACCUUUGUUGCUGUCAGGGACUUGCAUAAACAAACAAAUAAACGAUCAAAUCAGUUGAUGGGUGAGAAAAGACACACCAUUAUCCAUGUUAGAGAUGCAAGUGACACCUCUCAUCAUUCUGUUUAUAAAUCCUAUUACUUGGGUGUUUACAUACAUGUGGUAUCAGAAUUAUCAUCAACAGCUUACAGAGGAAUUGUAUCACCACCGUGCAGAUACGCCUCGAAACUACGAAACUAUAUUCUAUAUUCUAAAUGAAUAA